AGUUGACCUUCAACUUGUCCUGUCCUUUUGAAUUUCCUUAAACUCGAAGUCCCCCUCCGCCUCCCCUUACAUGGUGUCAUUCCGCCUCCUGCGCCAUUAGUACCACAACUAAGAACCUUUCUUUUUUUCACUUUUCUCCCUCCUCUUCCGUCAUUCGAAUUACCAUAUAGAAACCCAACCCGAAGACUUGGCGCAAACGUGGCCGCAGCAAGCAACAAUCCCCUGGCGGUUUUGUUAUUUAUGAGCUGCAGGUCCCCGACCAAAAUCUCCUAAUCUACUCUUUCUCAAGAAAGUGGUAGAUACUGAUUCCGAUCCUUAUGCUUUGAUUACUGUCCAAUUCUCUCGUUUUUGUAUAAGUUCUAUGGAGGAUAUUGCGUCCGCCUCGGCAUUCCCCUCGUUACUCUAUCCGUCGACAUAAAGCAACGCCAACCUCCGAUUUGAUUGAACAGCCCCUUGCCUUUGUCUUUUCCGGUUGGAUCUCCUGCGCACAGGAUCCAGUGGUUGAGUGAAGGUUUUUACUCUUUUCCUAUUUUCUGUGUAUUGCGGAAGAUUGAGACAUGGUGGCUUCAGAUAGUUCGCACCUGUUGGGGCAGGAGGAGGUCAGGGACACCGAGCCGGUUCUCGACGCCCCCGAUUCCGAUGAGGAAAUGACCACGAAUCGACCCCCCAUGCACCGGUCCGUUACGGACGGCCGGUCGCAACAACCGCUACUAAAAGAUGAGCACCGGCGAUUAUCCAAUGCCAGCUUCGGUAAUGGUGCUGCUUCGGAAGGCAGGCCUAUGCUGCAUCACCAUACACGAAGGCCGACGGUCAGGAGUAGUGGUACGGAACAUAACGCAGAGCAGGAUACUCGGCGAAAAUACAUCAUUGCAUCCGGUUUUCUCCUAUUGAGCUUGGCGAGUUUCGUGAUACAGACCGAGACUGCUGUAUAUAUCGCGGGUGAACUGGGCUGGGAUAAGCCCUACUGCAUGCUUUACCUUACACACGGUUCGUGGUCCCUUCUCUGGCCAGUCCAACUCCUUAUUCUUCGGUUGCAGAAGAGGAAACUCUCCUGGGACGCAUUCUGGCGACGUCAUGUCUUCCUCCUCCGAACGACUGCACAGAUGGUCGAGUCUCAAGAUAUGCACGUAGCCUCCCGCCGUUCCCCGAUUCCGUACAUGCUCAAGACCACAGCAUUCGUGACAAUGUCCCUCACCGUUGCUGGUGGCUCAUGGUACCUGGCUGUCAAUAUGACGACAGCGAGCGACUUGACCGCCAUCUACAAUUGCUCCGCCUUCUUUGCCUAUGCGUUCUCCAUCCCACUCCUCAAAGACAAACUUCGCUUCGAUAAGGUAUUUGCCGUAAUUGUGGCCAUUGUGGGCGUUCUCGUGGUGGCAUAUGGAGAUAGAGACGAAGACAAGCAUGCGGAUGGCACCCCGGGUAAAGGAGAAGGUCAAGUAAACAAUAGGCUCUUGGGCAAUCUUGUCAUCGGUAUCGGUAGUAUACUCUACGGUCUGUACGAGGUACUAUAUAAGAAGUACGCCUGCCCUCCGGAAGGCACCAGUCCCGGGCGCAGCAUGAUCUUCGCAAACACCUUCGGCAGUCUGAUCGGAUGCUUUACUCUAUUCGUGCUCUGGAUCCCCCUACCUGUCCUCCACAUCCUAGGCUGGGAAACCUUCCGUUGGCCCACGGGAGAAACCGCCUGGAUGCUCCUCAUCUCCGUCUGUGCCAAUGCCACCUUCUCGGGAUCCUUCCUAGUCCUCAUCUCCCUGACCUCCCCGGUUCUCUCCUCCGUCGCCUCUCUCCUCACCAUCUUCCUUGUCGCCAUCGUCGACUGGCUCCGAACAGGCCAACCCCUGUCCACAUCCUCCAUCAUCGGCGGCGUCCUUAUCAUCGCAGCCUUCUUCCUCCUAAGCUGGAGUACCUACCGCGAAAUGAACGAGGAGACGAAAAAGUGUCUCGAAAACGAACAAGUCGAAUCCGAUAGCGACGACUAGAUUUCGUCCAUGUCUCGUUAACCGGAUAUAUCCGGUUAUGUUUUGUUCGUUGACUGUUGUUUCGGAUUUUCUUCCUUUUUGAAAAGCCCCAGUCUUCCUUUCUAUACCUUGCCUUUACCUUCCUUUCUUCUUUAUAUGUUUAUUACCAUUCGUUGGCUGAGUUAUAUUAUAGAAUUGGUUACUGUCUUUUCCUUUAUUUGUUACAUGGCGGUGUUGAUUAGAGUGUUCGAGGUUUCCCCUAUCUUUUUGCUUUGUCAAUGUACAUUUUUACUUCCAUUCUUUGUCUUGUACUUUUGUUUCCUUUCUUGUUUUUACUGGGAUAAAGUGCUGUGUUCGGGGUAUAGGAGUAGGGGAGUUUUGAAACUUCUCUCCCUCACGGGGGGUGCAAACCAUGCAAUAUACAUACUACUUCUACUAGUAUACAUUCGACGAUUAGGUGCGAGGACGUCAAUGCAAAGGCUCGGC